CUUGUCACAUUUGUCAUGGUAACCACUCACACGUACUCUUUCUCUACAAAUACAUUUUUUAUCUUUUUGUGUUCUUUAGCAUCCAUAUAACCCCCCAAAUAAUUAACAAUGAGAAAACCUUGUUGUGACAAAGAAAACAUCAACAAAGGUUCUUGGUCUAAGCAAGAAGAUCAAAAGCUAAUUGAUUAUAUACGAGUUCAUGGUGAAGGCUGUUGGGGUUCCAUUCCUAAGGCUGCUGGGUUGCAACGUUGUGGCAAGAGUUGUAGGCUAAGAUGGUUAAACUACUUACGACCAGACAUAAAACGUGGAAUUUUUGCACAAGAUGAAGAAGACCUCAUCAUCAAGCUCCAUGCCCUCCUUGGCAAUCGGUGGGCACUGAUUGCUGGAAGAUUGCCUGGUCGUACGGAUAAUGAAGUGAAGAACUAUUGGAAUUCUCACAUUCGUAGAAAAUUAAUAAAAAUGGGAAUUGAUCCAAAUAAUCACAAGCUACACCAAGGUUUUCCUCGUCCUUGUCAUGUUUUUGGUGCCGGUACAUCAUCAUGUGAUGAGUCCAUGAACAAAGACCAUAAACUCUCCUUCACAAAAGAAUUUGAAGAUGAUCAAGAAACAACAAUCAUUAUUAAUAAUUCUUCAUCCUCUUUGAAUCUUGACUUAACUAUUGCUUUACCUUCACCAAAUAGGGUUGUUGUUGUGGACGACAAAACUAUACCUAAUUGUGAUGAGUCUAGGACCACUCGGGAUAUGGAUAUUGAUCUUAAUUGUUAGUAUAUAUAUACAUCAUUUCUUGGUGUCCGGUAUAAUAAUAACUUAUUUAGCAAAUUAAUAAAAUAAGGAAUUACAUGGCAUGGUUUCAA